ACCUCAAUCUCUUCUCUUCUAUUUUGCUUUUUGCAUACACACGGAUUAACUUCUCUCUCACACUUGAUUCGUAUUUUCGAGAUCUGUGCUUAAACCUUCACUUGCUUUGCCUUCUUCUGCAGACGUGCUUUACCUUGCGCCGGUGAGUUUCUAUUCUACCUGCUUUCGCUUCACACUCAAGGGCCACCUGUCAUGGUUGAGAUCGAGAUGGAUACCGAAACUGCUGCAAAUGCAAAUGCGGCUCCAACCAAUGAGACUCCAAAAAAUGUUCCCAUCUCUCAUCAUUCCUCACAUCCUCCUCUUAAUGAGAGGAUUAUUUCAUCCAUGACCCGGAGAUCUGUUGCUGCACACCUGUGGCAUGACCUUGAGAUAGGGCCUGGUGCUCCAACAAUCUUCAAUUGUGUGAUUGAGAUUGGAAAAGGGAGCAAGGUGAAAUAUGAACUGGACAAAAAAUCGGGGCUUAUUAAGAUCGAUCGUGUCCUUUACUCAUCAGUUGUGUAUCCCCACAACUAUGGGUUUAUCCCCCGCACAAUUUGUGAGGACAGUGAUCCCUUGGAUGUCUUGAUUAUUAUGCAGGAGCCGGUUCUUCCAGGUUGCUUUCUUCGGGCCAAAGCAAUUGGUCUCAUGCCCAUGAUUGAUCAGGGAGAGAAAGAUGAUAAAAUAAUCGCUGUCUGUGCUGAUGAUCCUGAGUAUCGACAUUACAAUGAUAUCAAGGAGCUUCCUCCACAUCGUUUAGCUGAAAUUCGUCGUUUUUUUGAAGACUACAAGAAGAAUGAAAACAAGGAAGUUGCAGUAAACGACUUUUUGCCUGCCUCAGAUGCUUUUGAAGCGAUCAAGAGAUCCAUGAGCUUGUAUGCGGACUACAUAGUGGAGAGCUUGAGGCGGUAGCCAUUGAUGAAUGAUGCACAUCAAGGAUUUUAUACUGUUGAAGGAAGACAUUUGCUUGAAGGGCUGCAUUAUUAUUAUUAUUGGAGGAAUAAAAAAAACACUUUUUUACGUUAGUUGCAUGUACCUUCCUCUUAGCACAUGCGUAUUCUACAGGUAAUCCCAAAUAUUUUAUCCCUGCAAUUUAGUCAUAUUAGCACAUGCAUAUUCUAGUCGUGUUUAAUUUCAAAUGUUUUAAGCACAGGGAUGUAAAAAAUCCAUCCCAAACGCCAUCGAUAGAAAAUAGAUUUUGUAAAUGAAUGGAGUAAUAGAUAUGGAUAAUUUUUAUACUUACAUGUUAAUGGAACAGGUUUCUGUACCUGUGGAUACUUUUUAGCUAUA